CCCCCAAAAUUACAAUUAACCCCAUCAUAAUAACAAUAAUUACAUAAUAAUCCCAUGGCGGUCGCCGUCGCCAUCAAAUCCGACGGCCGGGAUUACGCCGGCAGGGUCACUCUCUACCUCCUUCUUUCCUGCAUUAUCGCGGCCUCCGGUGGCAUCAUUUUCGGCUACGACGUCGGCGUCACAGGUGGAGUGAGUUCGAUGGAGCCAUUUUUGAAGAAAUUCUUCGGAGGAGUUUACAAGAAGAUGAAAGAGGACACAAACAUAAGUAACUAUUGCAAAUUCGAUAGCCAACUUCUUACAUCUUUCACUUCCUCCCUCUACAUCUCCGGCCUCAUCUCCUCCUUCCUCGCCGCCGUCGUCACCCGCGACUACGGCCGGAAGGUCUCCAUCGUCGUCGGUGGCUUCGCUUACAUGGCCGGCGCCGCCAUCGGCGGCGUCUCCGUCAAUAUUUACAUGCUCCUCCUCGGCCGUAUUUUGCUCGGCGUCGGCCUCGGUUUUACCAAUCAGUCCGUGCCUCUCUACUUGUCAGAAAUGGCGCCGUCGAAGUACAGGGGAGCGUUCAACGUGGCGUUCCAAGUAUGCGUCAGCAUCGGCUACAACGCCGCCACGAUGAUCAACUACGGCACGGAAAAAAUCCGCGCCGGAUGGGGUUGGCGUAUUUCGGUGGCGAUGGCGUUUGUGCCCGGCGCAUUCCUCGGCAUCGGGGCGAUGUUCUUGCCGGACACGCCCAACAGCAUCAUCCACCACGACAACAAUCCGGAGAAGGCGAGGAAGACGUUGGAGCGGAUCCGCGGCACGGAUGACGUCCAAGCCGAGCUCGACGACCUCGUCGAGGCGAGCCAGGCCUCGAAGGCCGUCAAGCAUCCCUUCAAGAACCUAAUGCGGCGGAAGUACCGUCCGCAGCUCGUGAUGUCAGUGGCGAUGCCGUUUUUCCAGCAGAUCACUGGCAUAAACGUGACGUCGUUUUACGCGCCGAUAUUGUUCCUGACCCUCGGGUCGGGCGAGCAAUCCUCGCUCUUGUCGACGACUGUGAUCGGAUUGGUCGGGUCGACUUUCACGCUGAUCACGGUGGUGUUGGUGGACCGGGUGGGGCGACGGCCCCUAUUCCACGUCGGAGGGGUGCAAAUGUUCGUCUCAUUGAUUCUCAUCGGCGGCAUAAUGGCCGGAAAAUUAGGCGAUCAUAAUGUGAUGGAGAAGGGGUACGCGAUGGCAGUCUUGGUUUUAAUUUGUAUCUACAUUUUGGGCUUUGGGCUUUCCUGGGGCCCGUUGGGCUGGGUCGUGCCGAGCGAGAUAUUCCCGUUGGAGGUCCGGUCCGCGGGCCAGAGCAUCGUCGUGGCCGUGAACCUCUCGAUGACAUUCAUCAUCGCGCAAUUGUUUUUGGCGAUGUUGUGCCACUUGAAGUCGGGGAUUUUUUUCUUUUUUGCAGUGUGGGUGUUCGUGAUGUCGGUUUUUGUGUACUUUAUGCUCCCGGAGACCAAAGGGAUUCCGAUAGAAAAGAUGGAACGGAUUUGGCGGGAACAUUUUUUUUGGAAGCGAUUCGUCGGAAGUGACGAAGAAAAUGGUAAAGUUUAGGCAGUUUUUACGAAGGAAAUUCGAUUUGACGACGUGUUUGGUUGGAAGAAUAAUGUGUUAAAAA